AUGUCUCGAUAUCAGAUCUCCACGGAAGCAGACGAGGCAACAGGCUCAGCUACUGUGACGGUGAUACCAAGAGGUACCCAAUCAAUUCCCCCGAAAUUGCCUGAGAGGAGACAACAACCAAAGAUGAUUUUUGUCCUAGGCAGCACUAGUACGGGCAAGUCGUCGUUUGUAGCCACAACCUCUGGUCAACCAGUUAGAGUUGGACACGAUCUUAGACCCUUUACCGCCACCUGCCAAGCAGUAGAGUUCAAAUUGGCCGAUAGACGACUCGUUCAGCUCAUCGAUACUCCUGGUUUUAGCGAUACCUCGCACCCAGAUUUGGACGUGCUGGAAUCCUUUGAUAGCCAGUCACGCCAAAUAUAUGCGGUACACUGGCCGCUCAAACAUCCAGCAACAGGCCAAAUGGAACUGCAACUCGAACUUCGCGAUCCAUGCGAUGUUAAAGACACACGCGCUGGUAGGGUCAUUACCGCAGAACUCCGCAAGAAGGAGGAAAGGCUCCGCCAAGAACGACUCGAAGAGGAGGAAGAGGAGCGCGAGAUCAGGGAACAAUUGCAUUUUGAGCGUGAAGCUCUACAACGAGAUGAGCAGAAGAAGCGUGAAGAGGAAGCUGCCAUGUUCCAGUCGCGCGGAUUGGAGAAGUUCCGGAGAUACACGUAGUGAACAACGCCCAAGAGAGCCCCGUAUUUG